CUCAAAAAUCAUUCCCCUUCCCGCCCCUCAUCAGCUUCCCUCCCGCAACGCCACCCAGUCUUCUUCAUCAUCUCGCUGUCGAAAGCCCCGGCGACGAAUUCAGUAUCCUCAAUUUCUUUCUUCUCCUGAGUUGCCCUCCUCGCCCUGGCACGUGCCCCUCGAUUUCUCCCCCGCCAUUAACCCCCCCCCCCCCGGCCCUGUCACCACCACGCCUCCGUCAUCGCUCUCCCGGUGCCCCGCCAAUUUUUUUUUUAUCGUGAUUCAAGAUGCCCAUGCUCAAGGAACCGUGGAAAAAAUACAAGAGAUUCCAGCCGCUGCACCUUCCCGACCGGCAAUGGCCCAACAAGACGGUCGACAAGGCCCCGCGCUGGUUGGCCACGGAUCUUCGCGAUGGCAACCAGAGUCUGGUUGAUCCCAUGAAUGGCGAGGAGAAGUGGCGCUACUUCAAGAUGCUCGUCGACCUCGGCUACAAGGAAAUCGAGGUCUCCUUUCCCUCGGCCUCGGAUACCGACUUCGACUUUACCCGCCGCCUAAUCGAGACGCCCGGCACCGUUCCCGACGACGUCUGGCUGCAAGUCCUGUCGCCCUGCCGCGAAGACCUCAUCAAGCGCACCGUCCAGUCCCUCAAGGGCGCCAAGAAGGCUCUCGUCCAUAUCUAUCUCGCCACCAGCGAGUGCUUCCGUCGCGUCGUCUUCAACAAGAACAAGGAGGACACCUUGGCCACGGCGGUCCGCUGCACGAAGCUGGUGCGAGCCCUGACCAAGGAUGACCCUUCGCAGUCGGGAACCGAGUGGGCGUUCGAGUUCAGCCCCGAGACCUUCUCCGACACGGAACCCGAGUUCGUCAUCGAGGUCUGCGAAGCCGUCAAGGCGGCCUGGGAGCCUUCGGUCGAGAACCCCAUCAUCUUCAACCUGCCCGCCACCGUGGAGAUGUCUACUCCCAAUGUUUAUGCUGACCAGAUCGAAUACUUUUGCCGCAACGUCACCGAGCGCGAGAAGAUUUGCGUCUCUCUGCACCCACACAACGACAGGGGCUGCGCCGUCGCCGCCGCGGAGCUUGCGCAAAUGGCCGGCGCAGACAGAGUCGAGGGCUGCCUGUUCGGCAACGGCGAGCGCACUGGCAACGUCGACCUGGUGACCCUGGGCUUGAACCUCUAUACCCAGGGCAUCCACCCUAACAUUGACUUCUCCGACCUCGGCAGCAUCAUCGAAACAGUCGAAAUGUGCAACAAGAUCCCCGUCCACGAGCGUGCCCCAUACGGCGGCUCCCUGGUGGUAUGUGCCUUCAGUGGCUCGCACCAGGAUGCCAUCAAGAAGGGUUUCCAGCGGCGUGAGAAGGACAACUUGGCCUACGAUGACCGGUGGCAGGUUCCGUACCUGCCCCUGGACCCGCAUGAUAUCGGCAGAACAUACGAGGCUGUCAUCCGAGUCAACUCGCAGAGUGGCAAGGGUGGCGCUGCCUGGAUCAUCUUGCGCCAGCUCCAGCUCGAUCUGCCUCGUGGUCUGCAGGUUGCUUUCUCCAAGGUCGUUCAGAGCAAGGCCGACACUCUCGGGCGCGAGCUGCGGCCGCAAGAGAUUACGGAGCUCUUCGAGCAGACGUACUUCCUCAACUCAAACCCACGAUUCGGCAUCGUCGACUACAGCAUCAUGCCCGACCGCACCACGUCCCCCGCUCCUCCGGCACCGGGCAAGACCCAAGAUACUAAGGACCUCAAGCGAGUAUUUGACGGUGUCAUUGUCUGCGACGGGAAGGAGUACAAGCUGCGCGGCCGCGGCAACGGUCCCAUUUCCAGCUUGGCCAACGCCCUUCGGAGCGUGGGCGUCAACCUGGACGUCCAGGACUACAAGGAGCAUGCCAUCGGUAAGGGCCGAGACGUCAAAGCCGCAACAUAUAUCGAAUGUACGGCUGCGGGCAGCAACACCAAGGUCUGGGGUGUCGGCAUCCACGAAGACGUGGUGCAGAGCUCGUUGAUUGCUCUCCUGAGCGCGGCCAGUAACUUUGCCUCCAGCCGACCGGGCAGCCCCUUCGUCGCCAGGCGCGUUAGCGAAGGCGCCGAGGUGACGGAGUUGGACCUGAAUGGCAAUCCCGACGGCCCCUCCAGCGUUGUGAGCGCGCUGGAAGCCAGGGCGAAUAAUAUGUGAGCGGGACGACACCGGGGUGUAGUUGGAUCAAAAGGAACUCGUGGUUUUGUUGGCUCAGUGAAAGGGCGCAUGUUGAACACUCCUAUGACGCAGUAGUGAUACUAGUAUACCUGACGUGCCCCCCAAAAUGGAGAGCUGUAUGUUUUGCCAA